ACCGUUUGAAAAGAGCAGACAAAGGCUUUGAGCCCAGGACGCCCCUCUCUCUCUCUCUCACUCUGCCUACAAAGCCAAUCCGGCUCUAUCUUUUCCGCUUUUCUACCAUGGAGCUGCUUUUUAAUAGGCGGCGCUGAGAGUGUUGGUUUUGUUUUUACUUUCUUAUUUUGAAAUGUACGACCGUCUGGAUCCCCGCACGGCGGAGAGAGGAAGGCUUUUUGUAGGUUUGAUACAAGGAAGCGUCGUCUGAGAGAGGGAGAGAGAGGGGGAAGGAUUGACGCUGCCUCCUCUCCUCCUCCUUCUUCCUUUCGCCCCCCUCUCCUCCUCUUUUUGGCGGAGAAGGGGCUGAGGCAGGAAUAAACGCUUUUUUUUGUUUUUCUCUUUUUUCUUUUUCUUUUUUUUUUAAAAAAUACAUUUGAAUCCUACUGCGCAACCAGAUCGGAUCACGUGGCGUUGGAGAUAGUUGGAUCGAUUUUGCACAGUUCAGUGUGAGAAAAUAAAAGAGAGAGAAACGCACAACUCUCCCAAUUUCUUUUUCACUUCUGUGGAUAACUGGGACUGUUGAUACUUUUGCAUGAUUGCGAGAGCCGGGGUUGUUUGAGUGGGAGCUUCUCUUCUCAGCCUUGGAGGUGUGGAGUAUUAAUUCUUAUAUGCCUGGGUUUUGAAAAACAAUGGAGACGCACAUUUCGUGCCUCUUCCCGGAAAUUUUGGCCAUGAUUUUCAGCUAUCUGGACGUGAGGGACAAAGGCAGGGUAGCCCAAGUGUGUAUCGCUUGGAGGGACGCAUCCUACCACAAGUCAGUGUGGAGGGGGGUGGAGGCCAAGCUGCACCUCCGCCGGGCCAAUCCCUCCUUGUUCCCCAGCCUCCAGGCCAGGGGCAUCCGGAGGGUCCAGAUCCUGUCUCUGCGCCGCAGCCUGAGCUAUGUCAUCCAGGGAAUGCCCAACAUCGAGUCCCUCAAUCUGUCCGGCUGCUACAACCUCACGGAUAAUGGGCUGGGCCACGCGUUCGUGCAGGAGAUCCCAUCACUUCGGGUUUUGAACCUGAGUUUGUGCAAGCAGAUCACAGACUCCAGCCUGGGCAGGAUCGCCCAGUAUCUGAAGAACCUGGAGGUGCUGGAGCUCGGCGGCUGCAGCAACAUCACCAACACUGGGCUUCUGUUGAUAGCCUGGGGCCUCCACAGACUCAAGAGCCUCAACCUGAGGUCCUGCAGGCACGUCUCGGAUGUGGGCAUUGGACAUUUGGCGGGCAUGACCCGCAGCGCCGCGGAGGGCUGCUUGAACCUGGAGUACCUGACCCUCCAAGACUGUCAGAAACUGACGGACCUGUCACUCAAACACAUUUCCAAGGGGCUGACCAAGCUCCGGGUACUGAACCUGAGCUUCUGCGGGGGGAUCUCCGACGCGGGGAUGAUCCACCUUUCCCACAUGACCUCCCUGUGGAGCCUCAACCUGCGCUCCUGCGACAACAUCAGCGACACGGGGACCAUGCACCUUGCCAUGGGCACCCUGAGGCUGUCCGGGCUCGACGUUUCCUUCUGCGACAAAAUAGGGGACCAGACCCUGGCGUACAUCGCCCAGGGGCUGUACCAGCUCAAGUCGCUGUCCCUGUGCUCGUGUCACAUCUCCGACGACGGGAUAAACCGGAUGGUGAGGCAGAUGCACGAGCUGAGGACACUGAACAUUGGACAGUGUGUGCGCAUCACGGACAAAGGGCUGGAGCUCAUAGCGGACCAUCUGACCCAGCUGGCGGGCAUCGACCUAUAUGGAUGUACCAAGAUCACCAAGAGGGGACUGGAGAGGAUCACACAGCUCCCCUGCCUUAAAGUGUUGAACCUGGGACUCUGGCAGAUGACAGAGAGUGAGAAAGUGAGGUGAUUGGAAGUGUUUGUUUUGGUGUGAGUGUGUGUUUUUUUUUUUUUUUUUCUUUUUAUCCGAUGGGGACAGAGGGGAACUUUAGGAACAGGAGGAGGGCGAACGAGAAGGCGGGGAAGUUUCUUUUCUCAUUUAAAAAGAGAGAAAUCCUCCUUGUUUUUUAACCCUCCUGCGUAAGGUGUGCGUCUCCCUCGUGACCAGAUUUUAUUCUGUUCAAAUGUGUCGGUUCUCUUUCUGUUUGGCCUUGCAGGAUUUUAAAUUAGUGUUUGAGAUGACUUAAUAUUCUGCCUGGUAGAAAAGCAAUUAAAACUUUUGUUAUGAGCUCACGAAAAAAAUCCGUUAACAAAUGUUUUGAUCUCAUAUUGUGUUGUAAUAUCUCACAACUUUGGACUGGAAUAACAUUUUAUUUUAUUUUUUCCUUUGCUAGUCUAAUCUACUUCAUUUCCUGACACUCUGUGGAUGUGAAACUUGCGUCCAUCCAGACUCCCCCUUUUCCCCCCAAAGCAAAGAGAGGUUUUUAAAACUUAAGUGUGAGACUUUUAUUUUUGCAGUGAGUCUGGAUUUUAAGACAUUUUAUUUGAGACAUUUACGACUAAUCUCCACUACAGCCAUCACGCCUAAAAAUACAUUUGGCUACCUCGUAUGUGGUUAUUUUCAAAGGGUGUAUACUGUUAAAAGAAGAAGGAAAGCGAGAAUGAGAGACUGGGAGAAAAUGUGCCUAAAGGGACUGUGUCUGCCCCCUCCCCCAUCCCUCCCUCCCCUCCCUCCCUCCCCUCCUGCCCUCCCUCCUUCCAUGAGCAGAGCCAGAGAAAGGAGACCAGGACACAAUCUAACUACCUUUUGUUAAUUUGCCCCCAUAAACAGCAACAAUUUCCCAUAGAUGGAGAGAAAGGGAAAGGGAGCUGUAAAAUCUACUCAGAUUACAAAGAGGACGUCGCUUUAUGCAAAAUACCUGCUUGUGUGCGAGAGCCCCGUUUUUAAAAAAAAAUCUUUUCGAACUUUAACGCCCUUUAGAGAUGUGCCGUGUUCAAGCUUUGACCUAUAUGGAGGAGAAUACGAAACCCUUUCAGAAAUACCUGUAGUGAUUCUAUAAUGAUGAAGAGAUAUAAAGAGGAAUAGUGGAAAAAGACCAUUAUUAAACACAAGUGUAUGUCCUUAUAGGAUUAUUGGGUAUUUUUUUGCAAGGGAUGCUGUUGGAGAUAAACGUCAGUGAAUGUUGUUCAGAGCGUCGUACUUCAAAUUGAAGUGAUUUCUUACCCUUUAUUGAUCGAGACGAAUCAGGGCUUGUGUCAUGGUUUUAUUUUCCCACGUUAAUACAGGUUGCAUUUCAUGGUGCUCUCACCGGUGUGGGGUACAGAGAGGGGGAGGAGGGAGGAGGGUAUCUCUAUUUUUUAUUUCUCCCUUUUGCAUCUCUCUCUCUCUCUCUGAAUAAAAAAAAAAAUCCCCCCGAAUCCCUUUUAGAAUAAGGAGCAAUCGAUUAUUUUUCUUUCUCUCUCUCCUCCGUCUCGGGUUACAAGCUGAAUGCGUCUCUCCCCCAUCCCUCCCUUUCUUUCACACACAUGCAUUUAGGCUGUACACACACACGCGCACACGCACUGACGCCAGUGUGUGUGCGUUUUAAUGUAAUGCAAUGACCUGCUAGAAAAUUAAUAUACGGAUGUGCGUCCUGCUGAAAAAAAAAAAGCCGUGUAUGUUUGCGCGUAUGUGUGUGUGUGUGUGUGUGUUUGACAAUAAAGAAGAUGUACUGUAUAUUAAGUGUUUGUAAAGGAGAAAAAUGCAGAAUCCCAAAAUUAAAUUGUUUUAUAUUCUUACGGUUAAAACAAUUAAAGAUAUUUAUAUAAUGAAUGAAA